CAGUUCUUCGGUGAGCUCGCAUCGCAAGCCGGGUCUGGACGCCACUGCGCCUCGGUCCUCGCGACGCGAACCCGCACGCUUCCAGCCUCGCGCCGCCCGGCCUGCCCGCGGGCCCCCAGCGCUGCACGGCCUCCGCGCGUUCUCUCGCCAGUCCCGGGCCCGCCCCGCGCCCCUCUUCUCUGUGCGCGCAGCAUGGCGCCCCCUCAGGUCCUCGCGUUCGGGUUCCUGCUUGUCGCGACGACGGUGAUGGUGGCUGCGGCUCAGCAAGAAUGUGUCUGUGAAAACUACAAGCUCUCCACGGGAUGCUCUUUGAACCCAAGUGGUCAAUGCCAGUGUAUUUCAAUUGGUACACAAAAUACUGUCGUUUGUUCAAGAUUGGCUUCCAAGUGUUUGGUGAUGAAGGCAGAAAUGACUAACUCAAAGUCUGGGAGAAGAGGGAAACCUGAAGGGGCUCUGCAGAACAACGAUGGCCUUUAUGACCCUGAGUGUGAUGAGCAGGGGCUCUUUAAAGCCAAGCAGUGCAAUGGCACUGCCACAUGCUGGUGUGUGAACACUGCUGGGGUCAGAAGAACUGACAAGGGUACUGAAAUAACCUGCUCCGAACGAGUGAGGACCUACUGGAUCAUCAUUGAACUAAAGCACAAAGCAAGAGAAAAACCUUAUGAUGUUCAACGUUUGCAGACUGCACUUGAGGAUGUGCUCACGAAACGUUAUCUGCUGGAUUCCAAAUAUAUCACAAAUAUUCUGUAUGAGAAUAAUGUUAUCACUAUUGAUUUGAUACAAAAUUCUACUCAGAAAACUCAGCAAGAUGUGGACAUAGCUGAUGUGGCUUAUUAUUUUGAAAAAGAUCUUAAAAGUGAAUCCUUGUUCCAUCCUUCUAAGCAAAUGGACUUGACAGUAGAUGGGGAGCCGCUGGAUCUGGACCCUGGUCAAACUUUAAUUUACUAUGUUGAUGAAAAAGCACCUGAAUUUUCAAUGCAGGGUCUAAGAGCUGGUGUUAUUGCUAUCAUAGUAGUUGUGACAUUAGCAAUUAUUGCUGGGAUUGUUGUGCUGGUUAUUUCCAAAAAGAAGAGAAUGGCAAAGUAUGAGAAGGCUGAGAUAAAGGAGAUGGGUGAGAUGCAUAGAGAAUUCAAUGCAUAACUACUGUAAUUCGAAGAUUAACUACAAGAAGGGAAUAAGUAAAUGGACUCAGAUUCCAAAUGUAUGCACAUAGAACAAAGAGAAGAUCUUUGAGGAUUAUUGUUUUGUUAGUUAACAUCAUGUAUUUGCAGUAGUGAAGUCUAUGCUCAGAAUAUAAGCAGCGUGAAAUUGGCUUUACCAAUCUAAAAAUUUGACCACAAGUGUCUUAUAUAUGCAGAUCUAAUAGAAAACCCAAACUUGGACUGCAUAGUUAAAAUUAUUUAUGCAUAACAUUGAAGAAUAUGCACUAGACAUGCUUCCACGGUAGAGUUUGAAUGACUACUAUCUCAUUUGUGAUUUAAAGCUGCCUUUCUGUUUACUUUGAGUCUUGUACAUAUAAACAUUUUUUAUGAAGUAUGAAAUAAAACAUUUAAAACUGAA